GUUUGCAUUGCCACAUGACACGUCUUUCGACGAUAACCUCCUCUUGGCCGCCGAUUGUGUCGAGGUCAGGCAUACCGCUGUCUCUAUUCGCCGGGGAUGGGUUGUUGGAAUGGGGGCUCUAUUUCAAUAACCUCGGCGAGUGGAGAGACACUGUCCGGGAGGGGCACCUUUCCGUCUGUCUGUUUGCGGAUGGGGAAGCCGCCGAGUCCAUGGAGAGGGGGGCGGCUGUGAUGUACGUCUAAGCCCGAAGAAGGAGCUCACACCGCGAUUUUCGUUUUUUGCUUGGCACUCCGGUCUUCUUAACAUGGAUCCCGAGAAAACGUUGACGUUCUGUCUAGGCAUCAAGUCUGAUGAGCUGACGAUGACCCUGAAAUACUUGGUUGGUCCCACUGAGGCUUCCACGGUGGCUCUUAUCCAGAAGGACUUGGACCAGCCCACGGUUGACAAGGUGGAGAAACCAAAUGAGGAUUUUGUUAGUCAGCCUGUAGCCAGCCACAAGUACUGUCCUGGUAUAAACAGCAAUCCAGGUUACAUCUGUGAGACAGGACAUUGCUGUGGCGAGACGGGGUGCUGUACCUACUAUUACGAACUCUGGUGGUUCUGGCUGCUGUGGACAGUGUUGAUCCUCUUCAGCUGUUUCUGUGCUUACCGCCAUCGCCGUGCCAAGCUGAGGCUCCAACAACAACAGAGACAGAGGGAAAUCAAUCUUAUUGCCUAUAACAGAGCCUGCAACUACCCACCCUCUAUGCUGGAUCUAAGUUUUCUGGCCACCUUCAAGUUACCCUCUUACGAUGAGGUCGCAGCGCAGCCCAGUACACCUCCUCCACCAUACAGCUCAGUUUUUGCCCUGCAGGGAGAUGCCAUGCUUGGGCAGAGUUCAUCCUACCCCCACCACCACCUCCACAGUCACCCUUGCCCCCCUUACCUGGGCCCGGGGCCCAGCGGCUUCACCUCAUCCCAGAGCUCCGACAACUACACUAGCUGCUCCUGCGAGUCCUGCUCUCUCACCUCACCCUGCAGCACCUCUUUCUCAGUCCAGGUGACAGAUGAGACAUACGACAGCAGCCCCAUGUCUACGCCCAGUGACAAUGGCGGUGAUGGGGCCCUUUUGCCCAGGGUGGGGGGCACCCACUUGUCAAACCCCUCGUCCUCACCACCUACGUCGCAGGUUCCACCGGAUGUUAUACCAACUCUAGCUCCAGAUAUAAUUCCAAGUCAUUCCUACAACCGCAUUGAAGGGAUUUCAUGCUCGACUGCAACGCUGUCACUCCCUCUGCGACCCUUUAAUAGCUGUCAUCCCUCACAUCACCCUCGCCUCCCGCUUUCACCCCUCAUUCUACUUCCUUCCCUUUCCCCUAGUCAAGUUCAGAAUCUUGUUUACUCGGAUCCACGGUGUGUCACGCUUAAAGAAAGCGAGUCAGAGGGCCUGCCUCUCUCCACCCGGUCUUCUCAUCAACAGGCUCCUCUUGCUACAAAUACGUCUGCCCUGAUGCGUCCCGAAGAUGAGGAGGAGGAUGAUGAUGAUGAUGAAGAGGAUCACUUCCGUCAUCGACGUUUGACGGGAGAUUCCGGCAUAGAAGUGUGUCGUUGCAAAGUGAAGCGAGGAGACCGAGAGGAGGAUGGGGGCCUAAAGGAGAGAGAACGGCGCAACAGUGUGGACAGCUCCCUCCAAGCUAAAGAGGCGGUCCUUUCUCCCCUGCUGGACGACUGUCUUCUACCGCACGGCGACACUGUUAUCGUCGUGGAAUCCUCGGUAGUCUGACAAGCGGAAGAAGAUACAAGUGUGAGGCUCGUGGUUAUCGUCAUUUUCUUGGAGCAAGACUUGUAGGUGAAAAGUUCAAGUGUCACUGAAAUUAAAGUCUUGGAGACGAACUGGAGGACAGGAUGAGUCUUGUUUUCACCUCAGAUAGAAGGUGUCAUUGAGCCUCGAUGACUGUUUCUUUCCCAAGUGAAAAAGGUGAGAGGUAUGAUUUUAAUUGACGUUGAUUGUUUUGUCGGUUUAACACCAGGACUCUACAUAAACACAAAACCAAUUCCCACAAAAUGUUGCCAUGGCACACCUACAAAUGAAAAGCCAGUUACAUUCUGCUAGGAUUCUUGAAAGAAGCAUUUAAAUUAAUUUAUUUUUCCUUAUUGCUGUUUAGAGUCAAUCACGCUCCACAGUGUAAGUGGCAAAGCUAUUUCACGCAAUUCACUUUACUUUUUUAUUGAAUAGUGAACCGUUUACACUUUAGCACCAAUCAAGUGGUGUCACAGAGGUGUGAGGUUUUAAUUUAGUUUAGUUCAGAUAGAACCAGUUUGAACAAAAUCCAAAUUAAACAUUCCAGUAAUGCACCAACCUAUAAAUUACGCAUUACAUUUUGCUGUGGCUCUGAAAAAGUACAUGUACAAAUGAUUUAAAAAACAUUUUUUUUACUUAAUUGCCUUUUUGAGUCACAUUUGUAAUUUGAGCCUCUAAUUUGACAUUGGAGCUAGUAGUAACAAAAAUAACUAUCUUACACAUUAGUAGGUUAUUAUUUUAUUCUCCAGUAGUUAGGCUGCUAACUAACAAAGUUAGAUAAACAAUGGAGGUCUCUGCUUAGAGGCCUACCAUUCUAGCUCAUGUUACCUCUUUAGGGUCUUGUCAGUUUUACACACCACCUUCUCAUUUGUGCAUUAGUCUAUUUGUAUCACCUCACAUUCUAUACCAUUUAAUGCAAAGUUAUUCUCGGCAGUUUGGUGGACGCAACAUACUGACUUUUGUAAUGUAUUCAUGCCUCCACUCUUGCCAUAUUUACCAGUCUGAUGAACACAGCAUAAUGAAUCAUUAUAAAGGGCAUAGAAAAGAGGUGCAUAUAGAAGGAAUGGGUAUUUUUUCAGCAUUUCCGAACUGCACACGGGUCAGAAACCCUGAUAUCAUGCUUGUGAUAUGGACAUAACAUGGAUGUAGCUCAACGUCAUACACUUGAUGCCAUGUUCUUUUAGAAAAGUAGGAAAUAGUGAAUCAAAACAUAGUCGUCUGGUAGUGUACUCAACUCUAUUGCUUUAAGUUGCAAUUGACCAAUCCUACAAAAACUUCAUUAGCACCUAACCAAUCACAGUUUUUAGAGGGUGCUAAAAUUGAUAAUUGGCAUUGCCAUCCUUUUCAAUGGGGAAACAUGAUUCCAGAUAUGAAUGAUCUUAAUUACAAAUUAAAAAACGUGUAUUUUUGAUAACACUUAAUCAUGCUCAUUUCCAAUGUAAGGUGAACUAACUGAGUCUAGUUACAUGUGACUCACACAAUAAGGUGCCUGCAUAAUGUUAUCUCUGAUGUGUGCACAGCUUUAUGUGGACUGUAAGGUGUGACACUGUUAAUAUACAGCAAAUAUGACUGUUACAAUACAUAAAUCAUGAAUACCAUAGCAUAUUGUUAAAUACAAUGGCUUUUGUGUGUUUUAAGGCUGUUACUGUUCAAAUGAAAUGUGCUAACCUGACUCCCUCACACUGAUAAUGAAUGUAAAAAGCAUUGCAGAGAGUUGGAGUGCUUUUGGAUAUUUUAAAUCCAGAAGGAAAACCACAGCGAAAUGUAUGCAGUAAGGCAAUAGAAGCUCUGAUGAGAUGUAUUUUUUAAGUCUUCAGAAAUGUUUAUAAUCACUCUAAAUGUAUGGUUUAAUCAGACUGAGUUGAACAAGAUCCAGGGGUGUCAAACAUACCGCCCGCCGGCCCGAUGCCUAUCAGGCACAUUUUUAGUUGAUUCAUCCAAUCACAUAUUUGAAUAUUUAGGUGAAUAUUGUCAUUAUUUGCAUCUCCAACAAAUGGGGAAAAAAGACUUGUCCUGCAAACCAAAAUGAGUUUGACACCCCUGAGCUUGCAUUUUUUUAAAACAUUUUUUUCUUCUUAAAAGUCAAUAGUCGUUCAGUUCAGUCACCAUGUAAAGUACCCACAUCUGUGGGUGGGUGACUAAGUAGCCCUUGAUUGAAGUACCGACCGCUAUUGAAGGAGGUUACUCUGUUCCAUUGUAAUGGAAAAUAGCACACGCACACUAAUUAUAUUUGAGCAUAUAACUAAUGUGUAUUCUUGUGCCACUGCAGUUCUUAUGGUGGAUAUGGUUGAUUGACAAGAGACUACGUAUGACUAAAUUUAGGCAGAUUUGAUCCGUUUAUGCCUGAAAGGGAUGCUUUCAACUUUUGAGCAUAUGUUUAUACUUAAAACAUUCAAAUGUGACUCUAAAGUUUGUGAUUGAUUACUUUAUUUAUGACACCCUGCGUCUCAGCGUGUCAGAAUGAACGUGUGUUUUGUGAUACACUUAGGUCAGACAUGUCCAAAGUCCGGCCCGGGGGCCAAAUGCAGCCCGUGGUCAAAUUUUAUCUGGCCCCCAGCCUCUGUCAUAAAAUCAAUAACGUGUGGCCCGCACACAGACUUAAUAAAUUGGUCAUCAGUAAUGCUACCAGCAUAUGAAGUAGCUUACACACUAAAUGCUGCUCCUCAUUUACCCACUAAAAGGCAGCAGCACUCUAAGCAACAUUACCCCGUGUGACCCUUUACUCUCAAUUUUCUAAAAUGGCGACAAUCAAUAAAAAAAAAAAAGUUGACCGCGACGGCCAACUCUUCAAGAAUAGGUGGAAAUUGGACUAUUUCUUCACUAAAUACGCAACACCUGUGUUUGCCUCAUUUGCAAAGAGACAGUAGCUAUUUUAGUUCAAUGUGAGGCAAUAUUACCAAACAAGACCUGCUGACAUGUACGACAAGAUUACAGGGAAGAUACUUAGCGAGAAAUUAAAGCAACUUGAAACUAGUUUAAUUUUACAGCAGCAGUAUUUCGCAAGAGCCCAAGAGUCGAAAGAGAACGCCUCAAAGAUUUGUUGCGAGAUUGUUGAAAUUAUUAAUUUAAAAAAAUAAUGAAGCAAAUGUGACACAGAGAAUAGCUUGCUAAAAUUUGCUUAAAUAUAUUGUUCUACGUAAAGGACGUCAGCCAAGGUCGGCCCCCCACAUUUUUACCACACCAAAUCUUGCCCCUUUUGCAAAAAGUUUGGACACCCCUGACUUAGGGCAUUUAAUCACUUCACAUCAUUUUUACUUCAUACACCACCACAAUGAACUGUUUUUAAAUAGAUUUUUAACAUGAUUAAAGAUCUGAUUAAAGUUUAUAGCUUCUGUUAAUUACGAUAACAUUUUAUUUCUGGAAAUGUCUAACAACGUUUAAAUGACUAACUGUUCACGUCCUUUUCCAAAUCUCCAUCAUUGUGAUUUGCAUUAGUCUUGGUUUCUCCUCUCCAAGAAAAUUCUUAUUGUUCUUGUUGGCAUUACAAGAAUAAAAAUUUUUUUGUUUGUUUUCCUGUUGGGAGUUUGCAUGAUCUCUGGGUUGUUCAGCUUUCUUAUCCAAAGACAUGCACGUUCAUUGAAGAGUCUAAAUUGUCCAUUAGUGUGAUUGUUUAUCGAUAGACUUGGCACAGAAAGGUAGGAUUUUUUUUAAUGCACUUCCAAUCUACUAUAAACUUUACAAGCAAACUUGAUUAGACCUUCUUUAAACUUUUGAAUGCACAUGUCCAAUAGUUCAAUAUAUCAGUUGUUUUUGAACAACUUGAACUGUUCCAUAACAAGGACCUGAACAGCAAAAUUCACAGCAGGUGUAUGAUCCGUUAACAUUUCCAAAGAUGCCCACCUGUUCUUCUGCGACUUGUCCAGUCGUUUUUUUAAAAUGAUAAUAUGAAUGAUUAUAUAAAUAUA